AUGUUACAUUUUUUUGAUUCGAGCAAUAAUGAGCUGACACAUCAAUCAUAUGAUUUAGAAACGCGGGAACUGGCGAAACACCGUCUACGUUAUUUGAAAUCAAGUUAUAAAAAAUAUUUUUUUUGUUAUAACAAUUAUUUGAAACGGCAUUAUCUUAUUAUUGCUAUAUGUAGUAUUGUGAUUCUUUUUGGGAUUAUUAUUGUAUUAUUAAAGUUUGAUGGGAAGGAAAAUCUGUUGUAUAGUUUUAAAGUACUUCAAUCUUCUUUUGCUUCUCUCAGUUCUGGAGCCGGUAUUAUUGCGUAUGGGAGUGACAUUUUUUUUCCUAAAAAGAAGGCGCGAGCUAAUGAAUCCAAAGAUGAACCCAAUGAUGGACCCAAUGAUGAACCCAAAGCUGAGGUCAUUCGACUUAGCAUAGAAAGAAACUUGGGAGAAAAAUUAGAUAGGACGACUAAUAAACUGCGAGAUAAAAGGCAUGAUCUGGAAAAAGCGAUGUCAUGGCUAUCCAUAUGGGCUAUAUUUGCUUCAAUUAUUAUUCUUCUUCUUGUCGGGAUAGAUUUUUUUGGGCUACUACCUGACAUUAAAUAUCUCGACAUUGGGCUAGAUCUUUUUCUUAGUAUCACUGGUGCUUAUUGUUUGUUCUGUACUCAUACUCUUAAGACCGUCCUCACUAGCCCAAGAGGGAAGCUUGAAAGCAGCCACCUUAUUCUUUUUGUUUUCGUUAUUCCUUGUGCUUCCUUGGUAGGUCUUUUAGAUGAUGAUGUUUGGAUAGGGUCUAUUAUUUUUGGAUUUUUUGCUCCCUGUUACUAUAAGGGUAAACAUUGGGUAAAGGAAGUUUAUUUAUCGCCAGACGAGAAGGUUGAAAUUCAGUAUCUUCUUCAUGGUUUAAAUCCAGAUUUAUCCCUUUUGAGGAUUAACAAAUUUUGUAAAGAGUUUAUUCUUGAAAAUCCUGCUAACGAAUCAAAAUCUAAGUUUGUCGAAAAAGUUAAUGAAAUCGAAUCCAAAUCAAAGAAAGAAAUUCUUUAUAAACAUUUCGAACUCGGAAAAGCGCUUGUAGACCAUAUCUUUUCUGAGGCUGAGGAUAAAUCUCCAGAAGAGUCUGUUGAUGAGAAGAUUGUAGAUAUUGUGAAAAAGUUUUCACUCAAGUCCUUUUUUUUUCACCCUGACGUAAAAAUUAUUAAACAACAUUAUAUGGAAUUCAGUGAAUUCCAAAGGGGGCUUACGCUUGCUGAGUUUUUUGAUAGGUAUCCUCAAAUAAGGCAUAGGGAAUUGAUUUCCAAGGAGAUUGACGCUGCUCACAAUGCUCUUAAAGUCUAUUCCAUUUUUAAUGACGAAAAAGGCAUUGGAAAAGAUAAAAUCAAACUAACCAAAACGUUCUCCGACUCCUCUAUUGGGAAACUCACCAGAAACGAGAUUUUUAAUAUUAUUGAAAUGGUUAAGUCAAUUUCGACACAAUAA